UUUUACCCGGAAGUUGUCGUCAGUGUUAGCCGAGCCGGUUUUCUGUUGAAUUUCCACAGAUUUGUUGCAAAUAUGGGGAUGCUGGACAUGGAUUUCCUCGACGAUGUUCGUCGAAUGAACAAGCGUCAGUUGUACUACCAAGUCCUCAAUUUUGGUAUGAUUGUGUCUUCUGCACUGAUGAUAUGGAAGGGUCUUAUGGUUGUAACAGGCAGUGAAAGUCCCAUUGUGGUAGUGCUCAGUGGCAGUAUGGAACCUGCAUUCUACAGAGGUGACCUGCUAUUCCUCACAAACUACAGAGAAGAGCCAAUACGGGUCGGAGAAAUUGUCGUCUUCAAAAUUGAGGGGCGAGAGAUUCCUAUAGUUCACAGGGUUUUAAAAAUACAUGAAAAGGAGAAUGGCACUGUUAGAUUCCUUACAAAGGGAGAUAACAACUCAGUGGAUGACCGAGGGUUGUACGCCCCUGGACAGCUCUGGUUGGAGAAGAAAGAGGUGGUGGGAAGAGCAAGAGGGUUUGUGCCUUAUGUGGGGAUAGUUACAAUUCUGAUGAAUGAUUACCCAAAAUUCAAGUAUGCAAUCUUGGCGUGUCUAGGGGCGUUCGUGUUAAUACAUCGAGAAUAGCCGACAUCACAUCAUCUACACAGCUGAAAGUUGCCCAUUUACUAGUCUUCAUAAUACUGUGAAUUGUUUUAAGUUUUAAGGGUAUUAUUAAAACCUCCAAGCCCUCCACUGGUAACAUGACUACUGGGCUGGUAUUCAAUACUGGUCUCAAUUGGAUCUAAGAACGAUGUAGCUAAUCGGAUUAGACCAAUAGAGCAGUCAUUGAAAUUAGACCUUUGGAUGAACAAGCCAGAAUUCAUAUACUAUAGCUUGGCAUCAAAUUUUUGAACAAGCCCUGCUAUAUAAAAUUCAGAAUUUGGGCAAGCCCGGAAGAUAUUUUACCAGUGCAGGGUUUGCAGGCUUGUGUUAAUUUGGACUACUGAUACUCAUAGAGUGAAAAAAUUAUAUGAUGUUUGACCAAAAGAUUAACUUAAGAUGAAUAUUAAAUACCAGCCCUGGGCUUGCUCGAAUUCAUUAAAGAUCAUGGUUGAUUUUUGUCUUUAGUUUAUAGCGGCAGUUUCUCAGACCAUAUUGACAACCUUUUAUUUUUUUGUCUUGGAAUGAGCCAAAUUGUGUGUAAAUGUCUGGAAAUCAGUAAUAUAAGACUGCAGACAAAAGAUCAGAUUGCAGUUAAUACUAUUUACGUUGAAAAUUGAUGUUUUAUGGCUGAAAGCGUUACUAACACUUCGAAAAAAUGAUAAUUUUUCUUUUGAGUUUCCCAAACAAUUGAAAUCUGUUAUAUUGUGUCACGUGAGUUAUCUUAUUUCACUGAUUUAAAAGCAUUUAUGCCAAAAUCAGCUGAUUUUGAUUCAUUUUUUUUUUUUAAAGGUGUCAAAUCGGUCAACCUGUGAGAGUGCAGCUUUAAACUGAAAUUAUCUUUAAGUGUCAUAUUUUCAUUAUUUUGCUUCAUAAUUGUGCACAUUUGACUUUAAUCAGUAUCUUAUAUGCACACAAAAAUAAGGAAAUAAUCAACGUGUUGCCAUUUGAGCCUCUGAAUUAUAUUUUUAGGACAUUUUGACAUUUUUUGAGCCAAGCACUUCUAGAGUAUGAAUUUUGUCUAAUUCUCCCAAAUUUCAAAUUAAGUGACUGAAUGUUCCAAUUUGUUCAGGUCGUGAAUUGAUAUCAGUAUACUAUUAAAUUUAUUGAUUAUUUUUCACUUGCUGAGGCCUAAAAAAAAAAUACAUUUGGUUCGGGUUACCCGACCCUACCUACGGAAUAGGCGCCGACCCUAACGUUUUUAUAGUCAGUUUGAAAAAAAAAAUGAAAAACUAAAAAAAAAAAAAAAAAAAAAAAAAUUUCUUUUUUUUUUUUGCUUUUCAAUAUGUAGUUUAAAACCUUAAAUGCUUAAGAUCAGAAGAUAACUUUAACACCAUUCUCCAAUGAUGAAAAUGACAUUCUUAUAUAAAGCCUAAUAAAAAAAAUAAAUAAAAAAAAUUAAAAAGCCUACCUACCCUACCUAUUUUUGAAAAGGAUGUAACCCUAACCAAACAAUUUUUUUUUUUUUAGGCCUGAAUUUAAUUGUAUACUACAAAAAUAUAUUUUUGGCUGUCGACACUAAGCAACAACACUCUUAACUCAACUUGAAUUUAUGAUAAGGGGGAAUCCAAUUCAAAAGGAAAAAGAUACAUGUUUAUGAAAAAAUGAUCUUGCAAAAUAAGUCACUUUACAAUAUUUAUUUUGCAUUUUGGAAGGAAAAGACUCCAUCUCUUGUUGUAAUUAUGGAUCGAUUAUGAACCAUAACAAGGAGAAAUUAGUAUUGUAGUAAAUUUUAGAAUUAUCAGGGUUUUUUUGGCAUUAUAUCAGAUAUAUUUACACAAUUUUUUUUGGUAAAAUAACUUAAAAAAAUAUCCAAAACUCAAUGUGAACUGUGUAAGUGUAUUAUGAUAUGGUUUGUGAAGUAUUCAUAUAUAUAUAGUGAUGAAUGUAAAAAAUCAACGCAUACAUAUUAUUUAAGUUAACAUUUUUACAUAAAUUGAAGCGUUAUGAAUACAUAAUUUAUAUGUACAUACAUAAAACAUGACUCUGAAACGAGCUUUUGUCGGUGCAUUGCAAUUUGCAAUUCUUUCAAAAUGUUUACGAAUUUACUGGUAACAUUCUAUAAAAACUUUGAAUGAAUUCUAUGUAAUAUUAAAUAAGUGUGCUUAUAUCAAAUCGACAUAGUAUUUAUUUCUAUAAUUCUGUAUAAGUGAAGAAAAAUGCUUAACAAAUAUAUACUUUCUUACUUUUUAUUAGUUUUUUUUAAGGUUAUUUUAUGUCUGUGUUAUAUCCUUAAUUCCUUAUCAUAUAUACUAUAUACAUGUUACACAUCUUCGUCAUAAAAUUCAUUUGUUUUCAUUAGUUAAGAUCUUUAGUUUAAGCUCAUUUGUUUUAUUGAAUUUAUAAAGUCGAAUUACAUGUAUUGUCGUAGCCUAGAUGCCGUUAUCAAUCAGCGCUACAUAGGGCAAAAGCAUUUACUAAAAACUCAUACAUGAUAUUUUAAUAAAACUUGGUACGCAUGUUGCCAGUGACAAUAUAUACAUGUAUAUCAAGGCCCAUAACUCUGACUUCAAUAAUUGUUGAGUGAUGCUCCUUUUUUCGAUUGUGAAAAACAGACAGACAUUCUUUUGCUCAGAAUCUUACUAGGUCACUUUACUAAUUUGUCAGACAUACAUUUUUCUUUGGAACUUACUAAUAAACUAGCAGGAAAAGAAACUAUGUACAAGAAGAUAAACAUCUAAAUCUGACACAGAGAAGUUGGAUGGGGAUAUGUGAGUCAUGUCAAAUUUUGGACCAGCUAGCGGGCUUGAUCGUGUGGAAGACCAUGAAUAAAUGCUAACUUUCUUAGUGUUCAAUGCAAAAUACCUAUCAAAUGCCUCUAUACUAGCUUUUGCACAUGCCAGUGCUUCGAAAUACCUCACUUCAUGAGUGGUGAAAUUAAAAUUGGUGGUUGUUUUUGUAACUGAAAAGCAAUUCUGCAGGAAUUAUCUGCUUAAUGGAAUUUUGGUUGUCAAAGCUCUUCUAAAUGAUUAAAUGAGAGUCUUUGCGGUGUUCAUCAGAAAAGGGAUGAGUCUGAACACUUCAAAUUUAUGCACCUUUAAUACAAAGCAUUAUUCCCUCAUAGUUGUUCAUGAAAGUUGCAUUUGAAAGGAUUCUUAGUUCGUACAUUUUUGUGAGCAUAGUAGCUUUAUUCUUCUAGGAGUCUACCAUCGUCAGCAACCUUUGCAACCAUAGUCCUUAAUUCUGUUCAACUUCAUACAUACCAUGGGACAAUUGAUUGACAAAAUCUCGUUUUAAUGAAUAUGCAUGAGGCAGGGGAGACAACUUUUUCAAUGAAUUUGCAUGAUAGAAUUUAACAUUCUUUAAUAAACCUUUAUAGUUAGUUGCCUCAAUAGCCCAGUGGUCUUGUCAGCUGUCAAAAAUUAUUCUACUGAAACCUACUUGCAUACCUAUUCCCAUUCCAGGUUUGGUAAAAAUAUUUUUCUACCGGAAAGCAUCAGAAUUCUGGUACUUGGAUCAAUUAAACUGCCUCAUUAUUAUUCAUAAAUCAAGAUUUUCCUACCCAAAUCGCCCACGGUACACAACAAAGCAUAGAAGAUGGAAGUCCAUGUAAUUUUGCUACCAGAGAAAUGAAGUUCAGGGAAAAAAUGCUGUAAAUGUCUCUCCACUCUGAAACGUUGUAUUAUAUCUCAACCACAUACUAUUUGCUGCAUAUAUUACUCUUAACAUCAUGUUUUUCAAUCAAAAUUGUAUAUAAGAAUAUUAAGACUAUGAGGAAAGAAAAAAAAUGUGACUGCAUGUGUUGUAAUUUAUGUUGUCAUGGUUGAAGAAUUCUAAUAUUGUCAGUAUUUGCAAUAUUCUGUAUUUUGUGCAUGGGUGUAGAAAAUUAUGUUGAAAAACAGUGCAAUGUUGAACGUUGCCAUUUUACAUUAAUAUUAUGGCGCUAUUUACUGUUUUAACUUGAGUGUUCUGUGCCCAGUAAUGAAUCUGAGUGCACAAUAAACAAUAAGUUAACAAUGUGAUUAACGAGAUCGUUGUUAACUUCUAAUUGUGAAUUAUUUUUUGAUGUGCUUAUAUAUUUGAAUAAAACAGGUACGUCUGAAAUAGUUGUCUUAAAUUUUGUUAGAUAUACUGUAGAUAACAAGUUUAUCCAUUGAUUAAACUUCCAGAGCAGAAACAAUUUGAAAGUUAACAACGAUGGCAUUAACAACUGGCCCCUUGAUGCAUUUUGGUAAAUUGCUUUGGAAUAUAAAAUAUUCGUUCAUUAUCACUUAAAUCUUUGAAAAAUAGCAGCUUCUGUGAAGUUUUAAAUCCAGCUGUAAGACAGCGAGUAAUCUCGCUCAUGUUGAAAAAAUUGUAUGCUUUUCCAACUUGAGAGAACUUUUUUUGCAUAUUUAAGGGACUCGUUAACGUUUAUUUGGUCGGCCAUUUUUUUUUUUAAUUUGUUGGUAUUUAUUUAUUUUAUGUAUUUUUAUGAACAUUUAACACCAAGCAGCAACAGGAAGAUGCUCAUAUGAACAGAUUUUUGUAAAUCCAAGCCUACAAUAUGUAAAUUUUCAUAGUGUUAAAACCAGCUUUCAGCAAGAUAAUCAGUCACUUUUUUAAACAAUAUUUUUAACCUUUGAGCUUUAGAUGCAUUCUUUUAUGAUAAUUUAUCAUUGAAGCAAACUAUUUUUUCACUCUUCACAAAAGUAAUUUAACAAAAAAUGAAAAAUAAAAUGUCUGAUAAUAUAAAAUUUGAGCAUGUCCCUUAAAGUUGACAAUUGUUUUUCUUCAGUUCAAAGGUCCGCUGCUUUCUGUUCAGUCAAUUUGUAUAAAAUACUAACUUUUUUGCAUGUGAGAUCCAGUUGGAAUAAAAAGAAGCAUUUAUUUCCUAGGCCAGUUAAAAAGGGCCAUAAAGCAUUAUAUAUAUUUUCAGAGUUUAAUAAGUAAUUUAUGUAUGAGUCAAUGAGUGCUUGAUUGUAAAUAUCAUGUCUGUUGUAUUUGAAGGCUAUUGAAAUUGUUUUGUUUAGUGUCUGAAGAAUACUUGUAAUAUUAUGACUGAAAAAAUAAAUAAAUUGGUGUAAAGUUUC